AUGAUGGAAGACACACCAUACGAAGAGCCGAGGGGUUGCUGGCCAAGGGGUUGGUGGUCGAGGCUGAAGCGCGUGAAGUGUCCUAUCCCAUCCGAGUACAAGGAUGAAGUCGUGGAGAUGUUCAAACUGGCAAUACCAAUUAUCUUGUCCCAGGCUUCGACCUUCGUGAUAGGUUUUGUUAGUACAGCGUUCACUGGUCACCUUGGGAAAACUCAACUUGCAAGUGUGGCUUUGGCAAUUGCGGUCAUCAAUGUCACUGGGAUUUCAGUGGGGGCUGGUUUGACUUUAGCCUGUGACACUCUUAUAUCCCAGACUUUUGGGAGUGGUAACUUGAAGCAGGUGGGGGUGAUUUUACAGAGGGGGGUGCUGAUCCUGUUACUGGCCUGUUUACCAUGUGCAGCCAUCCUCCUUAACACGGAAGGCAUUUUGAUCUUAUUCAGACAGAGCCGAAAUGUGGCCAGGCUUGCCCAAAUUUACGUCAACAUCUUCCUGCCAUCCUUACCGGCUACUUUUAUGUAUCUACUUCAAUCGAGAUAUCUACAAAACCAGGGGAUUAUUUGGCCUCAACUUAUAACAGGAGUUAUUGGCAACGUUGUAAAUGCUGUCAUGAACUAUGUCUUCCUGUUUUCUCUGAAGUUGGACGUUGCGGGGUCCGGAGCUGCCAAUGCCAUUUGUCAAUAUUUUAUGGCAAUUUUUUUGUUUAUUUACAUUUAUGUAAAAGGUAUCUACAAAAGCACAUGGUCAGGCUGGUCCGCAGAAUGUCUGCAGGAGUGGGGACCCUUCAUGUGGUUGGCCAUCCCCAGUAUGCUGAUGUUGUGCCUGGAGUGGUGGGUGUAUGAAAUUGGGGGGUUUCUGGCCGGUAUCAUCAGUGAGUCGGAGCUUGCAGCACAGAGUGCGGUCUACGAGCUGGUUACUUUAAAUUACAUGAUUCCAUUGGGAAUUGGAGCUACAGCCAGUGUCCGUGUCGGUAGUGCCCUUGGUGCAGGAAAAAUAGAGCAGGCAAAACUGUCUGCAAAAGUUCCUGUAGUUUGUGGAUUAAUAAUUAUAACUGUUGUGGGAGCAGUCAUGAUGGCUCUCAGGCAUUACAUUGGAUAUAUCUUCACUACAGAUAAGGAAGUAUUAGCCCGAGUGUCCGUGGUAAUGAUUGUUUAUAUUGUCGCAAGUAUAGGUGAUGGAACUACGGGCAUGUGCGGAGGUGUUAUCAGAGGAGCAGGAAAACAGACAUUUGGUGCUGUGUGUAACUUCCUGGGUUAUUACUUUAUUGGUCUCCCUGUUGGAGCAUCAUUGAUGUUUGCUGCAAAGAUGGGCAUCCUAGGAUUUUGGACUGGCCUUUGUUUAAGUGCAUUUAUACAAGCCACUAUCUUCAUUACCUUCUUGUGCAAACUAGAUUGGCAAAAGGCAUCUACAGAAGCUCAGAUAAGAGCUGGUGUCCACAUAAAAGAUGAAGCAGAGCUGAACAAAAUAGACUCUAAAGGCGCUGAGGCUACUGUUGCUGAGCCGGUCUAUGAGAAUCCAGACAACAGCCUCCAAGUUCAAGGCCAGUCCAACCUCACCAACACCACUGAGGGAAAAAUGCUGUGCACAAAACAGCUCAUUGUACGCCGUGGGCUCACUGUGGUCAUUUUGCUGCUUAUUUUCUCUGGAGGUGUAGUUGCACAAAUCUUCUUAGAUAAAAAGCUGACAUAA